UUUACUACGACCAAGAAAGUUGUCAGUGUUGUUGUAACAUUCAUCAAACACAACCAACAUAAAAUUUUGUUUUUGAUGAAUGACAUUGUGGGCAUUAUGCUCAAUGAAAAGUUCCUGAUCCAGCUAUUUAAACCUCAGACAGUUUACAACAAGACAGCCCUUCGAAAACUUUUUGAAGAUCUUGCUCAUGCUUCCAUUAUGAGGCUAGACGAAGCAAGCAUGGACAAGCUGUAUGACCUUAUGAUAAUGGCUUUCAAGUACCAGGUGCUAAUGGCACGCCAGCCACUUGAACUCAUACUGAUCACACUGAACCAUGUAGACGCUAUUCGGAACUUUGUCUCUGCGCCUGCCUUACAAACCCAAAUUGAUAAAACAUACACAAUGCUUAUGCAAAUGUAUGCUCACCUUUCGAUAGGUGAAAUGCAGAAUGUGAAAUACAGUCUGCUCAACUUCUUGCAGGGCCACAGGGUGAGGGUGUCUGUGUUUCUGAGACAUAAAGUUCAGAACACUGAUGGUACCUUUGUAAUUCCAACAUCUGGACCUGUUCCAGCAGGUUGUGAAAUACCAGGGUGUAUCCGCUCAUUUGAUCCUGAUGGUAUAGUAUGUCAGACUACACAUUUUCCUGCAGGCGGAGAAUAUGCGGCUGCCUGCGAACCUGGUUCAACGGAGAUGCAUGGAAACAGAGGCACGGACCUUGGGUGUAACAUUUACACAGUGCCAGCGACAACUGACAUGUCUCCAAUGAAUACAUACUACGGCAACAAUAACCCGUUGGAAAAUAUUGGGGCUGUGGGCAACGGAGCAAAGUAUCAGGACCUUGAGGCAGAUGAAUUCUUACUGGGGAAGGAGGAAUUGAAUUUACUCAUGGCCCAGUUGUUAGGCAGCCAAGCCGAACAGAAGCAGGGAUUUGGUAGCAAGGAGAUUAUACGACUCAGUUUAUUUGGCUUGGGGGAAGAAAAAGAAUCAAAUCCCACCUUGCAAAAAGAGGAACUGGAAUCAAAGAACUUCAUUCGUAUCGAUGCUAGGACCCGCACUUCCACCGCAGCUCUAGAGAAGGUUUAUGAUGAGAUGACCAUGCAGAAUGAAGAACUGCAACAAGAUGAAGACAAAGAACAAGACCUCCUUGAUUUACUUGACAGUAUGAUGUAGGAAGAAAUUACGUCACUAAAAUUCACCGUGUGCCUACAACUGGCUAUCGCUGACAACUGUAAAUUACAAAAUCACCAGACAAAAAUCUUUCCAUGUGAUGAUUAAAUAUAAAUUCAAGUAGGUGGUUACAAUGUAUUCUAGUCAUUACAAAUGUGAUCAAUGUACAAUGUGACUUUGUACUGUCGUAUCAGUUUCAACAUGGAAAUCACUGUCCAGCUCCACCAUCUGGUGAUCUUUCUUUCGUCACAAUUGUUCCGUUUUGGUAACACACAAUUUUUACCUUCUUGUGUAUAUAUUUCAGAAGAGAUUUUUCUUCAAGUA